AGGAUGGAGGUCCUGCAGCUCCUGCGCCUGCUCCUCACCACCGCCAUGCUGGGCCUCUCCCAGACAGUGAACCCCUUCGUGGCCCAGCAGACCCCCCCAGACCCUUGCUACGAUGAGAGCGGCGCUCCUCGCCGCUGCAUCCCUGAAUUCGUCAACGCUGCCUUCGGGAAGGAGGUUCAAGCCUCCAGCACGUGUGGGAAGCCCCCGACACGGCACUGCAAUGCCUCGGACCCCCGCCGAGCCCACCCGCCUGCCUACCUGACCGACCUCAACACCGCCUCCAACAUGACAUGUUGGCGCUCGGAGACUCUCCACCACUCGCCCCAGAACGUCACCCUCACCCUCUCCCUCGGCAAGAAGUUCGAGGUGGUCUACGUCAGCCUCCAGUUCUGCUCUCCCCGGCCUGAGUCCACCGCCAUCCUCAAGUCCAUGGACUACGGCAAGACCUGGGUGCCAUACCAGUACUACUCCUCCCAGUGCCGUAAGAUCUACGGCAAGCCCAGCAAAGCCACCGUCACCAAGCAGAACGAGCAGGAGGCCCUCUGCACUGAUGGCCUCACCGACCUCUACCCCCUCACCGGUGGGCUCAUUGCCUUCAGCACCCUCGACGGGCGACCCUCCGCCCAGGACUUCGACAGUAGCCCCGUGCUCCAGGACUGGGUGACGGCCACUGACAUCCGCGUGGUCUUUAGCCGCCCCCAUCUCUUCCGUGACCUGGGUGGUCGGGAUGGUGGUGAGGAAGAGGGUGGCACCGGCUCGACCCCCUAUUACUACGCGGUGGGGGAGCUGCAGGUCGGCGGGCGCUGCAAGUGCAAUGGGCAUGCGGCGCGCUGCGUGAAGGACAAGGAGCAGAAGCUGGUGUGCGACUGCAAGCACAACACGGAGGGUCCCGAGUGCGACCGCUGCAAGCCCUUCCACUACGACCGGCCUUGGCAGCGGGCCAGCGCCCGUGAGGCCAACGAGUGUCUGGCCUGCAACUGCAACCUGCACGCCCGGCGCUGCCGCUUCAACAUGGAGCUGUACAAGCUCUCGGGCAGGAAGAGUGGCGGCGUCUGCCUCAACUGCCGGCACAACACUGCGGGGCGGCACUGCCACUACUGCAAGGAGGGCUUCUACCGGGACCUCAGCAAGUCCAUCACAGACCGCAAGGCCUGCAAAGCCUGCGACUGCCACCCUGUCGGCGCAGCCGGCAAGACCUGCAACCAGACGACGGGGCAGUGCCCGUGCAAGGACGGCGUGACUGGCCUCACCUGCAACCGCUGUGCCAAGGGCUACCAGCAGAGCCGCUCGCCGGUGGCCCCCUGCAUCAAGAUCCCUGCCAUCAACCCCACCUCCCUGGUCACCAGCACGGAGGCGCCUGCAGACUGUGAUUCCUACUGCAAGCCAGCCAAGGGCAACUACAAGAUUAACAUGAAGAAGUACUGCAAGAAGGACUACGUGGUCCAGGUGAACAUCCUGGAAAUGGAGACAGUGGCCAACUGGGCCAAGUUCACCAUCAACAUCCUCUCCGUCUACAAGUGCCGUGACGAGCGGGUCAAGCGCGGCGACAACUUCUUGUGGAUCCACCUGAAAGACCUGUCCUGCAAGUGCCCCAAGAUCCAGAUCAGCAAGAAGUACUUGGUCAUGGGGAUCAGCGAAAACUCCACCGACCGGCCGGGACUGAUGGCCGACAAGAACAGUCUGGUCAUCCAGUGGCGGGACGCCUGGACGCGUCGCCUUCGGAAACUGCAACGGCGGGAGAAGAAGGGGAAGUGUGUGAAGCCCUGA